UCAAAGUAGGCCAUGCAUUAUGUCAAACCUUAACUCCUCUUCAAAAGGCUACAAUGCAAUGAGGUCGGUAGAUUGGUUAAAAAUGUAUUUGUUUGAUAGCUGUCAUUGGGAGUUUUUAGUAAAUGUAUUUGUUUGACAUUUAACCUACUUUGAGAUUUGCCAUGGCUGCUGAUCAUUGAUCUGGCUCUCUUUAUCCUCACAAAGUCUUGGCAACAUUGGGGGAUGGAUGCAUUUUAUAUUGGACAGACACUGAAGGUUAUAUUCAAAUGCUAUUGUACUUUUAAUACUCAGGCUAUUUAGCAUUCUUUAUGAGUUCUUAGAUUUUACAAAUCCCUGGUCUUGGAAACUCUUGAUUGGCAUAGAGUUCUAUGAUUUUCUUAGGCCUAUUGCUAUGGAUUAGGCAGAUAGUUUAAUUCAAAAUUGUAUUUUUAAACUUGUUAUUAAAGAUAAUUUAUAGGCUCGGCCUAUCAUAGUUCUGUGAUGAGCAUCGAGAUACCUGCUGGCUUGAUGGAUUUGCUGCAAGGAUACACUGUGGAGGUACUACGGCGCCGACCGCCAGAUUUGGUUGAAUUUGCAAUCCAAUAUUUCACGUGUCUACAAGACAGCCGAAAACACGACAGGCAUGUCAAAGAAAGCUUAGCCGAUUCUACGCGGGAAGGAGUGGCUUUUGAUAGUAUUUCAGUUGAAUCAAAUGAAGAUGAAGACUCUGAUGAUGCCUAUAUGCCCCCCUCCAACCCUAAUAAAUACAGUCGCAGAGCAUCUGUCUGUGCAGAGGCCUAUAACCCAGACGAUGAUGAGGAUGAGGACUUUGAGUCGCGGGUGGUACACUCCAAAUCAGACGAGCAGCGUCGCAGACUCCAGGACGCCUGCCGAGACAUUCUACUGUUCAAAACUCUCGACCAGGAGCAGUUCUCAGAGGUUCUGGAUGGCAUGUUUGAGGUGUUGGUCAAACCACAGGAGCACAUCAUAAACCAGGGGGAGGAUGGAGACAACUUCUAUGUCAUAGAGCGGGGUGUGUACGACAUUGUUGUGCUGAUUGAUGGAGUUGGAAAGUGUGUGGGGAAGUAUGACAAUAAGGGCAGUUUCGGGGAGCUGGCUCUCAUGUACAACACCCCACGCGCUGCCACUAUCAUGGCCACCCAGGAGGGGGCACUGUGGGGAUUGGAUCGGGCCACAUUCCAUAGACUCAUAGUGAAGAACAAUGCCAAGAAGAGAAAGAUGUAUGAAGCCUUCAUUGAGUGUGUACCCCUUCUAAAGUCUCUCGAGCUCUCUGAGAGGAUGAAAAUUGUUGAUGUCGUGGGAAUGAGAGCGUUCAAAGAUGAGGAGUGCAUCAUAACACAGGGGGAGAAGGCAGAUUGUUUCUACAUCGUGGAGUCGGGCCAGGUGAAGAUCAUGAUAAUAAGCAAAACUAAAGUAGGACAGCUGGACAAUGCAGAGGUGGAGAUUGCACGCUGCUCUAGAGGCCAAUACUUCGGAGAGCUGGCUCUGGUCACCAACAAACCACGUGCAGCAUCCGUCUAUGCUGUAGGGGACACCAAGUGCUUGGUAAUAGACAUUCAAGCGUUUGAGCGUUUGCUGGGUUCCUGUAAGGAGAUUAUGAAGAGGAACAUUUCCCAAUACGAGAACCAGCUGGUAGCUCUGUUUGGUUCUAGUGUAGAUUUGAAACAUUAAAGUAUAAUUGUAAGAAACAGCACACUAACACAAUCCCACAGAGUGCUUCCUAAACACAUACUAGCUUUACAUACUUACAAGAUAUUUGUUGACAUUUAAUUGUAGAAUCUACUGGACCUGAUUUAAUAACUGAUAUCAACGUUACAAUGUGAACUGUCUCAAAUUAAUUUGAUCAUUUUGUUUACAUGUAGUAUUUUCCUUGUUUGACUAUUGUGGAAGUAUCUGUAUUGUUUACCGUGUUGACUUGGCAAUUGUUCAUGCAUGUUAGCCCAAUUUAUUGAUAAUUCUAGCCCAAUAGCUCCCUCACAAACAGAUGCUGUUUUAUGUACUGAAAUUGCCUUGAGGUCAAAGGUCCAUCAAUCAAAUAUUAAUAUGUGCUUUGAUAUGGAAAUACUUUUCAUCUGCAAAUGGGGAGAUUUCAUAAAUGUAAUCCCUGGUCAAAAUGUUAUCAAUAAAGUAAAUAGAAGUUGGUAUUACGCAAUGAUUUCUGCAGUUUAAACUGUGCUGUGUUACUGAUGUGCUG